UCUACAUUACAGAAAUCACACAACAAUUGCAACUGAUUAUUUGAAUGCGAAAAUAAAUUCCUGAAUACAUAACUGUUUAUAUGGGAGCAAACCAAUACAUACUCGUACAUAUAUACGAAUCGGGAAUCGGGAAAAAAGUGCGCAGCAACGUAACAAACUCAUUUAUCAAAUAGAGAGAAUAACAAAAGAAAAAACUGAACGAGAAAUACAAAUAAGACUACAAGAGGAGCAACAAAAUAUUCAAUACAUUUCAAAUAAAAACUAACUAAAGUACUUGUGCUUGCUACAAAUGAUAUUAAUGCCACAAAGUUGCAAGUAAGGGAUAAAAACGUGCACAAUAAUCGAGCAAAUUGGGAGAUGUGCGCAACACGAAAGGAACAAAGAAGCAGCUGAACUAUUUCUUUCAACAAAAAACCACUACGAAAAAUGCGACGCAUAGCGAUUUUCACAUGAAAAAUGAUGUUUAUAUGAAAUUAUGGCGAAAAACCAAAUAAUGCGGGAUAUUGCAUACGCGCACAUGCAUUAUAAUACAAUAACAAUGUAUUAUUAGGACAAAAAUAAGAGGGACGAAGAAAGAAAAAACCAAAGAGAAAGUAACAAAACAACAAAGCAACAGAUACGGCAAUAGGAAAGUAAGCGAAAAGGAGCCAUAUGAGAAAAAAACGAUAUGAAAAAAUGUUAAUGUAAUAAGAGUAACAUAAUAAUAAGAACAACAACAAAAAGUGCAAAACAGCAAAACAGCAAAAAGAACAAAUGGUGACAUACAAACAUUACUGUCAAAAUUGAAAGCAACAAAGUAGAAAGUAGUAAAAAAGGUGAAAGCAUGUAGUGCAAGGCGCAAGGUGAAAGGACGUACAAAGAGAACGCUUUCGGGCUUUCGUGCAGGCAAGGAAAAUCUGUACAACAAGCAGAAGACAUUAUUGUCACGACAAACAAUACAGAAAUAUAAUCACAAAAAGCAAACACAAACAGCAUACAAACGAGCGUGCUUGACAGGCAGACUGCUGAGGCGUCAUCUGCAGCGAUAUUCUACGUAGCUUCAGCUGUAGCAACAUUUAUCAAAGAAGCUGAGAGGACCAAUUUUUUGGCGUACAUAUUUUUCCAUAUCUCGCACUUAACGGAAAAAAACAUAAACUCUGCAUUCGCUCGUUCUUACUCAUACUUGUCGUGAAUUCAGUUCAAAAACGCAUUAACCCUAAUGAGUGCGCGAAUUGAGGCUCCAGUCGACGCCAAACAGCUAUCGGGGCUUCUGCUGUGAAACCCUUUGGAAAACACACGUUAGACUAAAAGCUGUGCAUUUGUCGGGGUGAGGUUGUGUGAGUGGUUGUGGACGUGUAGCGUUGGUGGUGGUGUAGGUGCGCCAACUUGCCACGUUUUUUACAUACACAAAUGUCGCCGAUAUUAAUGCCAAUGCACAUGCUGGAAAUUCGGAUAAUACUACUUUGCCUGCCAUCGAUACUACUGGCGACGACGCUAGAGCCGGAACAAAAAUCAAUACUCACCGAUAGCGAUUGGAAGAAGUUAUGGAUGCGAGGCGGUAUAAAUCCCGAUUCAAAAUUGGAUAACAAUAUCGAUACCAGUGACAGUCCCAUGUUCGAGGAUAGUGAGCAGAUGGCGCACAAUACGACCGUCCAAUUGGGAGGCACCGCAUUUCUGGUUUGCAAAGUGUCUGGCGUGGAUAGAGUGGGUGUAAAUUGGAAUCAAAUCUCUUGGAUACGUCGACGCGACUGGCACAUCCUUUCGUCCGGCGCGCAACUCUACACCAACGACGAACGGUUUGCGAUACUGCAUGCGCCCGGCUCGAAUAUGUGGACAUUGCAGAUAAAAUUCGUACAGCGACGAGACCAUGGCAUGUACGAAUGUCAGGUCUCCACACCGACAGGCAUCAUUUCGCAUUUUGUGAAUCUGCAAGUAGUCGUACCCGAGGCAUUCAUAUUGGGCUCCGGUGAGCUGCAUGUCGACAUGGGAUCUACAAUAAAUCUCGUCUGCAUAAUUGAAAAGAGUCCAACUCCACCACAAUAUGUGUAUUGGCAGAAAAACGAUCGCCUUAUUAACUACUACGAUUCGCGGCGUGAUAUUUCAAUCGAAACAACUCCUGGACCCCGUACACAAAGUCGUCUCAUCAUCAGAGAGCCACAAAUUUCCGAUUCGGGAAACUACACAUGUUCGGCCAGUAAUACAGAGCCAGCGAGCAUUUACGUUUUCGUGUCAAAAGGCGAUAAUAUGGCGGCCAUAUCACGAAAAACUUCCUCGGCCGAUCGGAUUGCAGCGAUAUUCAAGUAUCUUCUGGCCCCGUGCGUGCUGGUGAAUACGCUGGGAAUAAGACGCAUUUUUUUAACCUAAGACUUAAAUUAAACUUAACGAAUAAAUUACAAAUAAUCCUACAUAAGAUAUUUUCAAUUUAGAUUUAACUAAAAGAAAAUCAUAGAAAAGUAUGAAAAAUAACUAACUUAAAUGCAUAGCAGUAAACAAUAAAUUUUAGCACAAUUUAAAUAUAUAAUUUAUUAGUGUUCCAUCAAAACAAACAAGAAAAAAAUUAAAGAUAUGAAAGCCAAUGGGGCGUAAUAUUAAUUAAGGUAAGCAAAAAAUGUAAAUAUGUAGUGUUGCAGCCGAAUAGUGUUGAUCGAAUAAAAAAUAUUAUUAAUAAUAAUUGUAAAUUACUAUUUAUGGAAAAUAUUUUUUUUAUUAGAUUAUUUGUAAGUCAUACAAAAAAAUCCAUUUAAACCUACAGAUAUGUAUAAACUAAUUAAUAAGUUAUUGAUAUAUUCGUAAUUACGAUUAAAUUUAGUGCUAAUUUUGUAAUUUAAAUUUCAUAACAAUUUAGUUGUAAAAUUUUUGUAUGUAAAAAGCCUUUAACCAACUCAGUUUAUUCCGCGAACUUUGUAAAUUUUCAUGGACAGAAAAAACAAAUAGAAAAAAAAAUAGAAAAAUGAAUACUAAUUGCAACUUACAAUGCCAUUAAUUGUAAUUAAUUAAAUUAAGAGUUUGUUACAAAUUUAAGCAGAAAUGUUGAAAUCAAUCCGAAAGUGAAAGUGAACAUCUAUGAAAGGAUAGAUAAAUACUUAGUGGAAAAUUCAUUAAAAAAUUAAUAGCAAAAAUGCAAAGAAAUCUUAGUUUAGGCGAGGAAAAACAUUAAUUAAAUUUGCUGUUAAAAUGUCUAAAAUUAAAAACAAAACACAAAUAAUUGUAGAAGUUAAAUUCUAGCUUAAAAUAAAUAUAGUAAAUAAAUAGUUAAAAAAAUAUCAGCUAUAAGUUUAAAAAUUAAAUAUAAAAUAUAAAAAAUCGAAAAAGAAGACACACAAAAAAAUUAAUAAAUAAAAACGAAAGGUGUGAGUAAUUAAAAUUAAAUUGAACAAAAAUGAGCGAAUAGAUAUACUGGAAAUAAGAAAUGCAAAAAAAUAAUAAUAAUUAUAAAUUCUCUUAAAUGUAGAACCCUUAUUAAAAUUUAAUGAAAAUUUGAUGACAUUACAAAUGCUCCCCAAUAAUGCCGAGGCAGUAAAAAUGGCAAUUAGACGAAAAAUUAUACGCACAGUGGACAGUGGCUACGCACUUUUCGAUAUAUUUAAGGUCAUCGAUGACCAAACCCAGGACCCACUGAGUUUAGAUCUGAAAGUUUCAAUACCGAAAGAUGUAAAAGAUGCCCGGAGUACAUCUGCGUCAGCUUCAGCAUCAUGGGUUAGGUUAAUCCGAGGCAUGCAGGAAGAAAAGCAAGAUUGCUUCGCACAAAAACGCUCUCGAAAUGAAACUUAGACUCUUCCUAGCUCUUCGAUUAUUAUUAAACCUUUUCAAAAGCUUUUGCGUCCAAUUGUUAAUUAUAACAUAUUUUGUGUAGCUGUUUCCUGUUCUACUAGUUUAGUUUUUAUUGCUUUUUUAACAUUAUUUACCGUAAGGGGAGCUUAAUGCCAUACAUCUUUGCGUUAUAUUUUGAUUUUUCAGUAGCUAUAGUUGUAGCUCCCUUCUUCAGGAAUGUGUUUUAGGUAGCGUUGUUGAUAAAAUAUAUAAGGACACUUCUUCAGCCUCUUUCAAAAAUAUCGGUGAUUCUCACCGUUUGGUAAUCUGUUGUGUCACUCGUUGAUAGUGUUGCACUUGUCGGCUUGGACAUCGUAAUUGUUCCUGAUCUGGAUGUGUCGAUGUCUUCUUGGCAUGCGUGUCGUUUAAUCGUUAUUUAUUCUACUUUUGGUUAUGAAAUUGUAAAUAUUAUAUUAUUAACCUUAAGUUGAGCUCAAAGAUGUAUGCCAAAACAAAAUAUUUUUUUAAUAACAAUAAAUAAAGUAAGCAAAUAUUUGAAAACUCUACGGAGAGCAUUAUACUUCGAAUUGUUCUUCUUUGACUUUGGAUUUAGAUUUUUUGUUUGAAAAGUUAGCAGGCUACGAAUCUACCCAAAAUUGGCAACCCCAACUCUCUUUUGGGCUCAACUGGACUCCUUUGCUUAGAUCGAAAUGGGAUUCAUAAUUUUGUACUAGUUCAAGGCCGUGCCCAAAGCUUUUUUAAAGUUAUCCCAUGCCUUAUUAUAUAGCUGCCCAAUGUUAUAUCGCUAAUCCUUAUUUGCUCUUUUCACAUACCGUGUCCAAAAGAGAAUGAAAUCGCAAAGCAUGACCUUUGAUAUAAUAUUUUAGAAAAUACCUACAAAUUAUUAUUGUUUUUUUUUUUUUUUUUGUUAAUCUGUUAUGUGGCGAAUAUGAACCAAGUCCGAUUGGAUUAUUUUUCAGGUAGUUUCGUUGAAAAAUUUAAGGUUAUGAGCCGUUCUCCACCGAACUGCGCUAUCGAAGUUUAUUGUUAAGGUCCAAUGUGGAGUUCGCAAUAUUAACCUGAAAGUCAGAAAUAAUUUAUUUGAUAAUUAUUUGCAUUUAAAAAAAAAUUGCCUCUUCCUUUCAUACAACAACUGUUCUUAGACAUUACAUUGGGGAAUAAUUUUAAAGGUAGCUGGAGAAUUCCUACAAAUUUGAGACCAUAGCUGUAUAAUUUCGGUUUAAAAAUUCGCUGAAAUGUAGCCGUAAAUAUUAAUUAUUAAUUAAAACUAACUUAAAAUAUUUACAAUUAAAAUAUGUACGGUUUGACAAAAAAAUCUAACCUUCGUCUUGUUUUUCAUCUUUUUUCCAAAUUAAAAAAUGUUCAAUUUUCCAAUUUUUUUUUUGUUAUUGGUCUUAUUGGUUUUAUUGGUUAUUAUCAAAAAGGCAUUUUUCCCCAAAUAUUCAUCUCACUUAAUAAGUAAUUUAAUAAGGGCGAAUUCACUUUGGAAGUAAUUCAAUACACCUGUGUCACUGCAGCAAAUGUUUGAUCGCAACUACAUUCAGUAAACCAAACCAAAAAUUAAUUUUUAUCGAAAUUUUAUUGCUUUUCUAACUAUAAUUGAAACUAUUUUCAAUUAUUUUGAUGAAGUUGUUGUUACUGCCAUUCCACUGCCCACUGUACAUCUGCCGGAAUGUAACUAUAUUGAAAUAAUAAAAUACAUAACUAUUUGUAGAUAAGCGCAUUUAAUGUACACAAUUCAAUAUGAGA